AUGAGUAAAACCACAUAAGGUUAAAAUAACAGUCAAUAAGAUUAUGGUAGUUUGAAUAAGAUUAGCAAUACAUAUAAGAUUAGUACAUUAAAAAAAGCAGUUAUAAAAUUAAGAGAAGAAAGACUUAAUUACUAAAAACUAUAUAAGAAUUAACAUAAAAGAAUAUUAAUUUAACUAAGGAAAAGACAGACUUAGUAAAAUAGUGAACUUAUAUUAAUUUAGGAUGAAAAAUACAAUUCUGUAAUUAUUGAAUUGCAAUUAUAAAUCUAAAUUCUCAACACUAACAAAGAUAAAACAAGAAAUACUCUUAUAAAUUAUAUUGGAUUACCUCAAACUCUUAUCUAAAAUGAUCCAUUUAAUAAUAAUGACAAUUUAACAAAUUAAAUAAAGCAACUUUAACAGUAUAUUUUAUAAAUAUAGUAAGAGAAUUAAAAUAAAAACAAGACGAUCAUGAAGCCCUAUUGUUGAUAAUUUAGAUAGCUUAUAAAGAAUUUGAAAGAGAUUAAAAAUAAAAAGAUUAUUAGAUUGAUAAACUUACAAAAGAAAGAGUAUUGAAGAUAAUGAAAGGGAUUUAUAUAAUAAGAUAAAAGAGUUAUCAGCAGAAAGAUUGUAAUUUUAAUUAAAAUUAAAAACAAUUGAAAAGAUUAUUUAAUAAUAGGAAGAUGAAACAAAAGUAUUAAAAAAAGGAUUAGAUGAUUGUAGAUUUAAAAUUGCAUAAUUAUUAAGUGAAUUAGAAGAAAUAAGUGGAAAGUUGUUAUAAUAUAAACUUACACUUAAUAAUUAAAUCUUGGAUAUUGAGUGCCUAUUUAUUCCGAGACAAAAUUUGUUUCAAGAAUAUAUUUUUGAACUUGAAACUUCUGCUUAAAGAUUUGUCUAUAAAGCAUGUAUGAUAACAGAUCUAAAAAUAAAAGAUGAUCAAUCAUUUUAUUUAACUAUUAAAUCUAGAAGUAGGGAUGAAGUAUUUAAGUUGGGUCAUGGAUAAGAUGUAAAAAAUGUGUAAAUAAAUUAAGUAUAAUAUAAUUUGAUUUUAGAAAUUUAUAAUAAAAAGCAUAGUAGAGCCUUGCACUUUAGCAGUAUAAUAUAAUUAAGAAUCCUAAAAAUAACAGUCUUUUUGGUGGAUUGAUAUCAAUAUUUGGAAAGACUAAUUCAAAGAAUGGAAAUAAUACUAAUAGUGA